UUGUCUGGUCUUCGCUACGAAAUGGAUUUGGAAACAGCACGUGCCAAUUAUCCAAACAGACUAGAGAGGUUAGAAGAAGAACGUCUUAUGGACAUGCCUUUCGAUGUUAGUGAACCUCAAGCUGAAGGACACGACGGCUUUGCCAGAUUCUACUGGAAACAUGACGAACAAUUGCAUCCUUUGAGAAGGAAAAAAGGUAGUGCAGAGGAUGGUCAUGCUCCCAUGGAAAGAACAAGAUAUGCAUAUGAGAAGUAUCGUGAAGUUAGAAGUCAAAUUACAUCUGGUCGAACCUUUACAGUAAACUUUGACGAAGGAAAGAACAAAGAAGGCUUCAUGGGUGUACUUGCUGCCAUACAAGACGGAAAUAAGAAAGGACACAAUCUCAGAUUGACCAUAACGGAUUUGGAUGGUCACAUUUACUAUGCAAAUGGCAAUGAACAAACAGCCGCAAAACUUCUUGA